UGCAGAUUUUCCUUCUUCUUUUUUUCCCAUGAUAUUACGGUAGGCACAAGGCACCCUCAAGGGGGGCACUGUGCCAUUUCUUAAGCUCUCAACAAGGACUUGAUCUUGGUUUAUUUCUUAGAUCGAGUUUUUUUUUUUUUUUUCGUUUUUUUUUCCAUUUGUAUGUUUUCCUUUUUUUCCUCUAAUGUGUGGUCUUUUGAUGCUUAGGAUGGUACCCAAGUGCAGUUCAUGUCUGUAAAGCUACAGAAAUAUCUCAGUGCUGAGAAUGGUGGUGAUUCUUUUGUGGUGGCUAAUCGUGCAAGCGCCUCUGACUGGGAAACUUUUAGGUUGUGGAGGAUCAAUGAGUCCACUUUCAACUUGAGAGUUUUCGAUAAAAAGUUCGUGGGACUUAGUAAAAGAGGCCACAGGGUAAGAGCUGUAGCACAUUCAAACCAACCCGGUACGUCGGAAGCUUUUCAGAUUGUGAGGAACACCAAUGAUACCAAUCGAAUCCGUAUUCUAGCACCAAAUGGCCACUUUUUACAGACCAAAACAGAGACCUUGGUGACAGCUGAUUAUCAAGGUGAUUCAGGUUGGGGAGAUGACAAUCCUUCUGUGUUUCUGAUGACAAUUGUAAAAACCUUGCAAGGUGAAUACCAAUUGACAAAUGGUUAUGGUCCAGAGAAAGCACCUCAAGUUAUGAGAGGCCACUGGAACACUUACAUUGUGGAAGAGGAUUUCAAGUUCAUGUCUCAAAAAGGUCUAAAUGCUGUGAGGAUUCCAGUCGGAUGGUGGAUAGCAAGUGAUCCACCACCCAAGCCAUUUGUUGGUGGGUCUAUACAAGCUCUGGAUAAUGCUUUUAGAUGGGCACAGAAUUACAGUAUGAAGAUUAUAGUUGAUCUGCAUGCAGUUCCUGGCUCGCAGAAUGGUAACGAUCACAGUGGUACAAGAGAUGGAUAUCAGGAAUGGGGAGCCUCCAACAUACAGGAAUGUGUUAAUGUCAUAGACUUCUUAGCAUCCAGGUAUGCUAAAAAUCCAAGCCUUGCUGCAGUGGAACUGAUCAACGAGCCUCUCGCGCCUGGGGUCACAUUUGAGAACCUAAAUACAUAUUAUAAAGCUGGUUAUCAAACUGUAAGAAAGCACAGUUCUAGUGCUUAUGUGAUCUUAUCUAACAGGUUAGGACCUGCUGAUGCUAGAGAGUUCCUCCAACUAGGAAGAAGCCUCCAAGGCUCUGUUAUUGAUGUCCACUACUACAAUCUCUAUGAUAAUGCAUUCAACAACAUGAAUGCACAACAGAAUAUUGACUUUAUCUACAACAAUCGCUCAGCGCAGUUGAGUGAAGUCACCAUAACCGGUGGUCCACUGAGUUUCGUCGGGGAAUGGACUGCAGAAUGGGAAGUCCAGGGAGCAUCAAUGCAAGUCUAUCAGAGGUUUGCAAAAGCCCAAAUGGAUGUUUAUGGACAGGCCACAUUCGGAUGGGCGUACUGGUCUUACAGGAAUGUGAACCACCACUGGAGUCUCAAGUGGAUGAUCAAAAACAAUUAUAUAAAGCCAUAGGUCUCUACCAAGGCUGCUAGUUCCUUUAUCUUCUUUCAGAACAAAUAAUGCUCCCAGGUGGAGUUCUAGCUAUCUAUAGAUCCAACAGUGAUGGUUGGCAGUUUUGAUUAGGUGCAGAGUAAGACUGCAUUCAUUUGGAUGGUAAAAUUAAUCAACUAAGAAAUCAAAUUAAAAUAUUUAUCGAUUGCUUUGUUGCAUCCAUUGAAGCUAAUACAACCCUCCCUGCUCUGAUAUCAUCUGCUAU